CUCGCUGCUUUUCCUGAAAAAAAAGAAGAGUUUUCUGUGUGAAGGGGAAGUGGUGUGCUGUUUAGGCACUCUGCCUACAGUACUCUCUGCUCAGAAGUGUCAGUGUUUCAUGUACAGUGGUGUGUUCGCAGGAAUCAUGAAUGUUUCUGCCGAAAGCGUUUUAGAACAGGCCCAGGGGAUGGAACCGGGUUUUGUGGCAGCCUGUUUCAUCAUGGCUGUGUGCUUUGUAGUUGGGACUCCGGGGAACCUGCUGGUCGUGUGGACUAUUUUGAAUCAUGUGAAGCAGCGCUCUCACACCGUGUUGCUCAUCAUGCACCUGGCUGUUGCUGACCUCCUGGUAGUCUUCACCCUGCCUCUUUGGAUCUACUCAUUUAUUUGGUCCUGGGUAUUCACCGAGGUUGUGUGCAAGGCUAUGGUGUAUGUCAUCUACGCCUGCAUGUAUGCCAGCAUCUUCCUGAUCACCAUCAUGAGUGUGGAACGCUUCCUUGCCGUCAGGUACCCCUUCGCCUCGGCUGCCUGGAGAAGAAAGCAGAUGUUAAAUAAGAUCUUGAUAGUUGUAUGGGUGGCAUCGUUUCUUUUCAGCGUCCCAGUAAUAAUCACUCAGUCUGUGGAUAAAGUGGAAGGACAAGACCAAUGCCUAUUCCGGGAGUAUAAAUCUAAUACAGAGGAAGCCGUGCUUCUACUCUUGGAGACUCUGGUGGGCUUUGCGAUCCCUUUCUUCAUCCUGGUGAUCUGCUAUGGCUGCCUCUACAGUCGAAUCACACAGAUGAGCCUAAGGUCCAAGCGCAAGUCGACACUGCUCAUUGCAAGUGUCGUGGUGGUGUUUGCUCUUUGCUGGAUCCCGCAUCACAUCACCAACAUUCUGUCUUUGGUGUACCUUGUCCUAGAGGGCUCUAAAGAGGGAACUGAUAUUGAAAAUAUUAGGGAUGCCAUGCGUAUGAUCUCUACCUCACUCGCCUUUGUGAGCAGCACCAUCAACCCAGUGCUGUAUGUUUUCGCAGCACGAAGCUUCCGUACUUCACUGAGAGACACGGGCAUCCACAAGCUAUUCCGCCACAUGUCCAGCACAGUGAUGGGCGAAGGCAACAGAGAACUGUCAUUUGUGACUAAAAGGCAAAGCUCUCAGACUAACACUUCCCAGUGCUGCAUUGAAUCCAAAGCACAAAUAGACUUACUUGUGGACAUAUGCAACAAUGCCGCCAGUGAUGAGGACAUUUGAAGGUACAGAGUUUGGCUAAUGAGUAUGAUAUACAAUAUAUUAGAUGAUAUAUGUCUAAUAUGGAGAAUAAUAAAAGUAGUACUCGACUGAAGACAGUUUUCCAAAAAAGAGGAAGGGCAUUUGGUCUGAAACUAAGUCAGUGCUGGAAAAAGUGUACUGGAAAAAAAAUUAUACCUUUUUUAUUUACAUGAAAACAGAACAUAUGAGUGUUAAGUUCUUUCUAUACAAAUUUCAGAUUUUCUUUGGCCCUUAUGCCUUCCAAAGCACAUGUUCAGAUAACAUUCCGACGGAUUUGCUUUAACAUGGAUCAUCAGGUUUUACAAAAACUUGGGGAGCCCAAGCCAACUGUCCUUAAAGCAAAACAUUGGAGUUAAUAAUAAGAAAUAUAUCUAAACACUUUAGGGUUUUCUAAUAAGGAUGCAAAAAAAAGGAAUGGUCUCAGACUUUUGGACUUUACAAUAUAUAAACAGCAAUUGUUAUAAGAGUAGUAGCAUUUGUUUCUCAUGCCUACUGUAUGUAUGUAUAAUUUUUUAUCAUCUUUUUUUUAACUAUAGACUUCAAGUUUGUUAUAAUAAUGUUAUAUUACUUGAAUAUAAUAUAGCUUUUAUAUACUGUAUAUUUUUUUCAUUUAAUUUUAUUCACAUUCAAAGUAAAGAACAGAAAGGUUAAUAAAUGAAUCUUUCAUUUAAUGA